CUCUCUGCCUCAGAGGCUAAAGAUGGCUGAAGCACAUCCAUGGCCUAGCCGGUUCUUCUGUCACAGAUGCUCCGCAGAGAUUAGCCCUCGCCUUCCCGAGUACACGUGUCCAAGAUGUGAGUCAGGAUUUAUUGAGGAGCUGCUGGAAGAAAGAAGUGCUGACAAUGGCUCCCUGUCUACCAUCUCCAGCGGAACACAAAACCAGCAACCAUUUGAGAACGCAGACCAGCACUUGUUUACAUUCCCUUCGGGCUACGGCCAGUUCUCGCUGAGUGUCUUUGACGACCCCUUCGAUUUUGGCACCGGACUCCGAGAGGAAGAGAACCGGGAUGCCGAAAACCGCCGUGAAAGGGAGAACGCUUCACGGCAGCGAUACAGCGCAAGGCAACCGAGAAGUCGUCACGGUUCAAGGCGGCAAACAGGCAGGCAUGAGGGAGUUCCCACUUUGGAGGGAAUCAUUCAGCAGCUAGUGAAUGGAAUCAUUGCACCUACUGCAAUGCCAAAUAUUGGUGUUGGACCCUGGGGCGUUCUUCAUUCAAAUCCUAUGGAUUAUGCAUGGGGGGCUAAUGGAUUAGAUGCUAUUAUAACACAGUUAUUAAACCAAUUUGAGAACACGGGGCCUCCGCCUGCUGAUAGAGAUAAAAUAAAAAACCUGCCUUCAGUCCACAUUACGGAGGACCACGUGGCUUCAGGACUGGAAUGUCCCGUGUGCAAAGACGAUUACAGUGUGGGAGAAAAUGUGAGGCAGCUCCCUUGCAAUCACAUGUUCCACAACGAUUGCAUUGUACCCUGGUUGGAGCAGCAUGACACAUGUCCAGUGUGCAGGAAAAGCUUGAGCGGACAGAACACGGCCACCAACCCUCCAGAACUAUCAGGGAUGAACUUUACCUCCUCCUCUUCUUCCACCUCCUCGUCAUCCUCCUCCACUCCGCAAUCCUCCAGCUCAACCAGUAACGAGAACUCCACAGGCAACUCGUAGAGGAGCAUUUGUAUCAUCUCUCCCCCACUUUUUUGAGCCGUCUGGAGCUCCCAGGUACUUCAGAGAGGGCGGCACACUGGUCUCCCGCUGAUGAAGAGUAACUCGGGUGCAUCUCACAAAAAAAAAAAAGUUAUUAAAAAAGAACCUGGUAUGUGAGAUGUGAAGUUCUGCCGGACCGGUUGCUUCUGUUUUUUUUCCACCAGGGAUCCAAACAGAAGACUGGUGGAGGCCCCUGGAGGAGUGAAGGCUCUGUCAGGUACAAUGUGGGAAUGACAUCUCACGCAGGACAAAGAUUUUUGAUUUUUUUUUUUUUGCCUGUGUGAAAUGCAAAAAAAGGAGAAAUGUACAUUUAUUUCAUUUUUAUGAGUAGCAUUCAUAUAUAAUUAAUGACAUACCAUGCACUCAGGUGCACUGUGAACGUGUGCACAUUUUUUUUCAUGGUUUUUCUUUUUGCAUCUACUUCAUAGCGAGGCCCCCUUGCAGUUUUAACAUAAGACCCAAAUAUAUUUUGGCGUGAAAGCAAUUUUUAUAUUUAACCUGCAAGCCUAGAAAAAAAAAUGUUCACAGCCAGUUGAAACAUUUCAUACACAUAUUCACAUUUGAAUAUGUGCAUUUUAACCUCAAGGGAAAAUGGAGAUCUUUUCUAAGGUUGCCAAUUGAUUUGCAGUAUGAUCAUGUCUGGAGAAUAUGUGAAAAUAAAGAUGUUGGGUGAAAACACCCAAGAAACACAUGUUGUGGUGCAGUUUUUGUUUGCAACUGCACAUAAAUCACAUCAGGACAAAAUAAAUAUUCUUGCAAACAGACGUCCAAUGCCUGCACUGAAUGCAACUGCUUUUCCUAGAAGACAACUUGAAGGUUCAGGAAGUGACUUCAAAGCAGAAUAAGAUUUUUCAGAUUGUUUUGUACUUUCUGAGCUUGCUGUUGAAAUUCUUGCAUGCAUCAAUGAAGUCAUCAAUCCUGCUUCCUGUUUAAUUGUUGGACCUACGAGGGUGUACUUCCUACAUUAUUGUAUCCACUCCUCUCAGUCUGGGGGUUGGUUCAAUGGCCUCAUCUGAAGGGAUUGUUCCCAUGGAUGUGACUUUAGUUUUAUGGGCAAAUGUGCUUGACUUUACUAUGUGGUACACAGCUAUUCAAACUUUUCAACAAUGCCAUUAAGUCUACAAUAACGUAUUUGCCCUUUCAAGCACGUUUUAAAAAGAGUAAAGCUGCCUGAU